CGACACGUGAUCCGCUCACCACAAUCCAGUAUGGCGGAAUCCGUCUGCGAGUGGAUCUGCCGCGAGCGCGCUCUCCAACGGGAAUAAAGUCCGGCGAGGUGCGUCAGAUCGCGGCGGAGCUGCAGAUAGUUCAAGACCGGUGAGGAUACCAACAACACGCCGAGUUGGAUUACGGCCAGCGGGACCUGUAAACAUCUCCGAGUCUUCUUUCUUUCCCAUCUCGUGUCUCUGUGAAAUAAUCUUUCCUGUCGACAGUGGAUGGUGAUCGGCCAGCGAGCCGCAGAGGAGCUGUGAGGUCUAACUCACGUCCUCACCUGUCAGGACACACUCCUUUUGUUGUCGGUCUUCAAUUCCUUCUGAGAGAACCCCAGACGCGAUGACGUCUCCCAGCCGGCCAGAUUCCAGUAAAGACCAGCCACUGGAGCUUCUGAAGUCAUCUGAAUUCAACCACAUUCCUGCUGUUGAUGUGAGUGCCGCACUGCCACUGCACUUACCCCCAUCUGCCAUCCCCAUGGAUCUGCGUGUGGAUCAUCAGUUGGCCCUGGCGCCCCCGGAUCGCUGCGAGCAGCAGCUUCAACAGGAACUGCUGAUCCUCAAACAGAAGCAGCAGAUACAGCGGCAGCGGCUCAUCGAGGAGUUCCAGCGUCAACACGAGCAGCUCUCUCGACAGCACGAGGUGCAGCUGCAGGAGCAUGUCAAGCAUCAACAGGACCUCCUGGCCCUGAAACAUCAGCAGGAGCUGUUGGAGCACCAGAGGAAGUUGGAGCGUCAUCGUCAGGAACAAGAGCUGGAGAAACACCAGCGAGAGCAAAAGCUUCUGUUACUCAAGAAUAAAGAACGCGGCCAGGAGAGCGCGGUGGCGAGCACGGAGGUGAAGAUGAGGUUACAGGAGUUUGUCCUGAAUAAGAAGAAAGCUCUGGCACAGAGGAGUCUGAACCACUGCCUGCCCAGCGACCUGCGAUACUGGUAUGGGAAAACCCAGCACAGCUCCCUUGACCAGAGCUCGCCACCUCAAACAGGGAUUUCCACUUACAACCACCCGUUGCUGGGAAUGUACGACCCCAAAGAUGACUUCCCGCUCCGCAAGACAGCUUCUGAGCCCAACCUGAAGCUACGAUCCAGACUGAAGCAGAAAGUGACAGAACGCAGGAGUAGCCCGCUGCUGCGGAGGAAGGACUGCCCCAUCACCUCUGCUAAGAAACGCUCACUUGACAUGGCUGAAUCGGCGUGCAGCAGUGCUCCUGGUUCUGGUCCCAGUUCACCCAACAACAGUUCAAACAACAUCACCAAUGAGAACGGCAUCGCUGGAUCCAUCUCCCACAGUCCAGUGGAGGCAUCUUUGGCACACAGACUCGCGGGCAGAGAGGGUCCUGUUAGCCAGCUGUCUCUUUACACAUCACCAUCCCUUCCCAACAUCACUCUGGGCCUGCCAGCCACCGGCCCUUCCAGCGUGGCAUCAGGCCAGCAGGAUGGUGACAGGCUGGCAGUGCCAGGCUUGCAGCCAGGAAUGCACAUAACCACUCCGUUCUUGCCAGGGGCCCACCUGCCUUACCUGGCCGCCUCCUCCUUAGAGCGAGAGGGCAGCUCUGCACACAACACUCUUCUCCAGCAUAUGGUGCAGUCAGCCACACAGAACCCACUCGUCACAGGCCUGGGGAGCAUGCCCCUGCAGUCACAUCCCAUCCACAAGCUUCGACAGCAUCGGCCCCUGGGACGCACGCAGUCGGCUCCUCUGCCUCAGAACUUUCAGGCUCUGCAGCAGCUGGUGGUUCAACAGCAGCACCAGCAGUUCCUCGAGAAACACAAGCAACAGUUCCAACAGCAGCAACUUCACAUCAGCAAGAUGAUGGCUAAGCCGAGCGAGCCGGGCCGACAGCACGAGAGUCACCCGGAGGAGACGGAAGAAGAACUGAGGGAACAUCAGGGGCUGGCCGACCCGACAGAGGGUCUUCCCCACGGGGUCACCAUCAAACAAGAACCUCCGGACGAACCGGGUGAAGAAUUCCAGCAUAGAGAGAGGCCGGCUGAGGAAGAGAUGCUCUUCAGGCAGCAAGCUCUACUCUUGGAGCAACAGAGGAUCCAUCAGUUGAGGAACUAUCAGGCAUCCAUGGAGGCGGCCGGGCUCUCUGUGACGUUCCCAGGGCAUCGACCUCUGUCCAGAGCACAAUCAUCUCCAGCCUCAGCCACCUUUCCCAUAGCUGUUCAGGAACCGCCCGUAAAACCACGCUUCACCACCGGUCUGGUGUACGACACGCUGAUGCAGAAGCACCAGUGCAUGUGUGGAAACAGUAACAUUCACCCCGAGCACGCCGGCCGCAUCCAGAGCAUCUGGUCACGCCUGCAGGAGACAGGACUGCGCGGUCAAUGCGAGUGUAUUCGAGGCAGAAAAGCCACUUUGGAGGAGCUGCAGACGGUCCACACCGAGGCUCACGUGAUGCUGUACGGCACCAACCCGCUCCGACAGAAACUGGACAGUUCGUUGACACCCAUGUUCGUGAGACUGCCGUGCGGCGGAAUCGGGGUUGACAGUGACACUAUCUGGAAUGAAGUGCACUCCUCCAGCGCUGCUCGUCUGGCCGUGGGCUCCGUGGUGGAUCUGGUGUUUAAGGUGGCGUCAGGAGAGCUGAGGAAUGGCUUUGCUGUGGUGCGACCUCCAGGACACCACGCCGAGGAAAGCACUCCAAUGGGAUUUUGCUACUUCAACUCGGUCGCCAUUGCAGCUAAACUCCUGCAGCAGAGGCUGAACGUCAGUAAGAUUCUGAUUGUCGACUGGGAUGUUCACCAUGGCAACGGGACCCAACAGGCCUUCUACAGUGACCCUAAUGUCCUGUAUGUGUCUCUUCAUCGCUACGACGACGGGAACUUCUUUCCUGGAAGUGGAGCACCUGAUGAGGUGGGCGCCGGUCCAGGUGUGGGUUUUAAUGUGAAUAUGGCUUUCACUGGAGGUCUGGAGCCGCCCAUGGGGGACGCGGAUUAUCUGGCAGCAUUCAGGACGGUGGUGAUGCCAAUAGCCAACGAGUUCGCUCCAGACGUGGUGCUGGUUUCUUCGGGCUUUGAUGCUGUGGAGGGGCAUCUGCCACCACUAGGAGGAUACAAACUAACGGCCAAAUGUUUUGGCUACCUGACCAAGCAGCUGAUGGGACUGGCCGGCGGUCGGCUGGUGCUCGCCCUGGAGGGAGGUCACGACCUCACGGCCAUUUGCGAUGCGUCUGAAGCAUGCGUUUCUGCUUUGCUUGGAAACGAGCUGGACCCUCUCCCAGAAGAAGUGCUACAACAGAGGCCGAACUCCAACGCUGUUCAGUCCAUGGAGAAAGUGCUGGAAGUUCACAGUAAAUACUGGCGCUCACUGCAGCGCUCUGCAUCCACUCUGGGCUACUCGUUGCUGGAGGCGCAGCGUUGUGAGACCGACGAGGCGGAGACCGUGACCGCCAUGGCCUCCCUGUCCGUGGCCAACAAGCACAUGGGAAAGAGGACAGAGGAGGAGCCUAUGGAAGAAGAACCUCCAUUGUAGAAGGUCCGCUGAACUUCCAUGGCGACCCUCCUGGCUCGGAGCGUCUUCAAGGCCUCUGACCUCACUCUGCUCUCUCCAUCCGUUUCAUUUAUCGCCCCGCCUCCGGCGGGCAGCGCGACGUGUUUGCUUUGAACACAGGAACUGAAACGGUCUGAAGAAACUUCCAUAACACCCAGAGUGCAACCGUAAAAAAAAACGUCUCAGCUGGGUCUCUGUAUGUGGCGGCGUCUGGGAUGCUGUACCCGGUCUGUCCACACGGGACACUCACUUUUGAGCAGAACAUAGACUCACGUUCCAUUGUUAGAUCUGAGAGCUGGUGCUUUCGACAAAAACAUUUUGUUUUCUUACUUUCCAGAGCCACUAAAUAGCCCACGUGACUGAUUUUGGCUGUGGGCCUCAUUACUGCCGCCUCCUUUUUGUUGUUGUUUUUUAUAUUCGUUGUCAUGUCUGUCAGAUGUAUAAGACAUCUGUCUCGACAGAUGUCUUAUAUUCGACAUCUGUCGAUGUCUCGUUGACAUCCCAUUUGUCAUCCAAGUUACUGCUACGCUUAAUUGACCCCGGAGGGCGGAGAACGAGAUGUGAGAUUAAGAGUGAAGAAUUCUGGGAAACCCCACACAGAGCCAUGAGUGCGACGAUGCGAGUUUGUGCCUUUUCCGAAAGAGUCUUCGUAACGGAUCGAGAAGAACAUUGCCUUAAACUAGUUACAGGAGGGAAGAUGUCACCCCACCCCGGUCUGGAUUUUUUUUUUGGGGGGUGGGGACACGUGAAGGUCAAAGGCCGGCCUGAUGAUUGGAGAAACCCUCCGCAUGUUUACCAGGAACUCCCUGCAGAUGUCAUCACCUUUCACGUGCAUUUUACGUCGUUUCGUUUUCUCGUGCUUGUGUUGGACAUUGCAUAACUUCUGACAAAUGAACGUGUAAGGUAGUUGCCAGCUAUCCAAUGGCAAACGCUUUCAGUCGACUUCUCCAGUGCUUUAGAAGGCGAGCCAAUGUAGCGACUUGUUUCAACUCUAAUGACCAAAUACGCACCUCCACUUCCUCAAAGGGUUGACCAGCAUGCACCGUUACGGAACAGAUUCCAUCUGCCAAUAUUCAAUUCAACCGGUAAACAGCAGCAUCUACGGAAAAAAAGAAAAACUUAUUGGAAAGCAUGAGUUGACCCCGGUAGUGCCACUAGCUGCAUUCGUAUAGAAUAGGGCUGUAAUGACGACGUGUCAAACACAAAUUUGUGGUUGAAAAAAACUCACACUAAAGAACUCUCUAUUUUUCCUUUUCUCAGCAGUUGUACUUUUAUAGCGCCGAAUGUCUAGUAUUCCCAUUUCUUUACAGUUAACCAAGGGCACUAGCGUAUCCACUCACGUUAUUCUACUCAGCAGACGGUCGACUUUAUUGACACCGCGAGGAAAAGGGCUGGUCACCGAUUUUAAAUGUACCACUGAGCCUUCAGAUGUGCCACCUGGUGUGAUUUCGUGCUGGUGUAAAGCGUUACCUUUCCUGCCGUUUGAUGCUGAGGGCUUUCACUAGGGGCAGGUGCUACAGAACAUGUGCUUGUCACAUGACACAAAUCCAGGAAGUAGCGGGACCACCAGCUUCCACUCAAUCGUAAACGCCUCUGAGACAACUGUGAUACUCGGACAAUCUGCAUGGGACUCUUGUAGUUUUGGAGCUGUACCCCACACUUAGAGGGUCGGCGUACCGACGCUUCUGAACAGCACAUAGAACUGUAUAUAUACGCAAGUAUGCAUGCUCACGGUAGAACCUUUGGCUUGACUUUGAUUGUACAUUAAACUUUUCGAUACUGGACUGAAUAUGAGGUAAUGAUUUGACAACCCUCAUGCCUGGGCUCACUGCGACUACCUUUGGCAUUCUUUAACCGUGUGUCGAUAUGAGACACGAUAAGGAUGGAGAUUUGACUCACCGUUGCCAUUGUUCCUUCAUUUUUAUAUGAUUCGCCUGUCACUCAUGACUACUCCACUUUGGGUUUUGUGCCCAUUUCUCUUGUGUUUUGUCCUUUGUUUGUUUCUUUUGUACUUUUUCGAUUAUUUGGCCUUUUUAUAGUUGACAAUGUGUUUUACAUGCUUCAGAUGGUUGAUUUCUUGUCUUAGAGAGUAACAGCCCUGGCAGACAUUGUGUGGGGAUGAUGAUUAUUUGUUUUGUUUUUGUAUGCGGUGGGAGGGAGAUGGCUUUACUUUGUAUAACGAUUCCAACAAUUGUGUAUUUACUACGUUCUGUUCAUAGUAGAUUUAUAUUGCAAAGAUCUAUAGAUAUAUUAUAUAUGAUAAAGUUUGCAGACUCGGAAUGAGAAAAUUAGUAUUGCAAAGUGAUAUAUAUCAGUAGGUGGUCUGGCUUUGCCCGUUACUGGUUCCACUAUAGGCACUGUUCAAAGCUGACAUUGAUUUCAUUCAUUUACAGCAACAGUAGUUUGGUUUCAUAACCACCUAAUGGAAACACUCGUGGUUUCACUCUUUAUUCUGAAACAUGCCCUCGAUAAAUUCAAGAACAAAAAGACCACGGGAAAUAUCAUGGACUUCAAUUGGUAAGCUUUCGUUUGUUUAGCGCGAGUUGAUGCUGACAUCAGAAAUGGAUGAUGUUAUUUUUGUCCUUUCGAGGAGUGAGAAUUAAGGUGGAUCUCACAAAACCAGUUGAGAAGAUGUCAUGUUUUUUUUCACCCCGCAAUUGAAAGAAAGAAAGAAUCUGAAAAUGAACUCGAAUAAAACCAGUAAUAUAUUCCAAACACAAAAAAAUAAAUAUAGAAUCAUUGUAUACAGAUAUAAGAAUCAUUAUUGAAAUAAAAGAUAUAGGUUAUGUUUUAUAAACAUAUAAAACCUUUUACAGAGGUCAAUUACAAAGUGCUUUAAUAUUCACAUUUUGCGGGUAUGUUUAAUUGUCAUGGAAAUAAUUUGACAAUCCAAAAAAAGGGCUUUAUUUUCUUGAUGCAAAAUAAAAACUCUUUUUUUUCUUUUUGAUUUCAUGGUGAAAUGUGACAUGGAUGUGGUUUUGUGAGAUUUGCCCAUCAGCAUUUGUUCUAUUGAUGUCGGUUCUUCUUUUCAACUCUUAUGUUUGUAAAAUCAGUCUUGCUGUUUAAAGCAUCAUCUUUUUGGGCCUUGUGCCAGGAUCAUGUCCAAACCACGUCUAUCAAAUCUCUACUGAACUACUUUCUUGAAAGUGCAUAGACUGACAUUGAUUAAAAUCGUCUUAGAAAUGUAACGCAACAUUCCCAAAGAGUUUAGUAGUAAGUGCACUAAAACCAGAAGUCCGAUCUUCACCACAGAACACUUUGCAAUAACACUCUGGAUAACAGCAGCCUAUCUAUAGUCUUAUCGGGUUCAUCAGAAUAGUCCUUUUAGUUUUGUAUAAAAGAAUAAAAAGCAUUCCAUUUGAUUUCUUGAUUUUAUUUUUUUAACCUUUGACAUAAUGUCAUUCCUGCUAAUUGACCACGAGGUCUGGCCUGAGCAUCAUUUAUUUGCAGGCCAGAGUUGAUUUCAUCGUCUUAUCUUCUCAGCUGUAGAUUUCUGCAUGGUUUGUGCGUCGGCAUGCCCGUCUGUCCUGUAACAUAUUUGCACAGAGGAGGAACACAGGAGGUUUGAUGCUUUUACAAUUUUGGAGGACACGAGAUGGAAGUUUGUCUUUUUCCUUCUCCGUUUCUGGUCAGUACGCAGAUAGAACGAUGCUCUUUGUUUCCUACGGAUGUGCUUUUUACUUGUUUAAAAAAAGAAUGAAAGACUUUUGAAUAUUUUACAACAAGUUAUCGAGCACUUGUGACAUACAGACUACAGACUUUAUUGUAUUUAUGUAGAGCCUUGUUUUAGGUGACCUACGCACUACACCACACAUUGGAUUGCCUGUGUGACUUCUUAUGCUUUGUUUUUUUUCUCCUACUUUUCCUCUGGAUGUAUUUAUUGGGGCUAGAGGAAGACUAGGAAAAGAUUAGGGUUUGACAUCUGGAAUCAUCAAAGGGCUUUUCCAGAUGCGCGACGGAUAUAUCUUCAGUUUGUCGAAAAGAUAAAAAACACACUUAUCAGCCAGUAAUACCUGUGACCACUGUGGCUUGAGAACAGUUCUAGGUUUACAAAAUGUAAGAAAUGCAUAUUAUUUUUGUCACUUUGUUUUUCCAUUGUUACAAUAGAACUUCUCUUGGGACCUUUGCUCUAACGUUUGUCUUUGACAUCAAUUAUAAAGUACCUUGUUUUUGAAAACCACAAUGUCUUGUUUUUAUUUCUGAUUGCAUUCUGACGUGGCCAUACUGCUCUUUUAGUAACAAUAAUACUCGUUUUAUCUUUUCAAAAUAAAAAUGAUGGUCAAAGCGUGCAUGACGCCUUCUCUGAGACAUGUUAAGUAAAAAGUGUCUAAUUCUGUGUUUUUAUGAUAUUUUGGGGGGUCCAAAAGGUAUCUUGGUACUUUUACGAAUCAAAAAAGCCCCUCUCUAAUAUGCCACAUAAUGUUGAGGUAUCAUUUAUUUCUUUACCAGAGGAAGGUGAAUAGGUGAUCCAUUCAUUUAAUUGGAGAAAAUAGAAAACCUUAUUGAUCACAUUUGGCUAUUUUUGCAGAAAAAAAACAAUCCUAAUAAUUCAGUUGAGAUCCACAAUGUGUAACACUAUCGGCAUGCUCCAGCAUCCACCAUCAUCCAUUGGCUCUUGUAGUUAUCCACAACGAUGUAACCAAUAAAAAUGCUUUAAUCAAACGAACAGAAGUCUGCUGUUGUUCGAAUAUCCUGUUGUUAAACCUCAACCAUUACACUGGAAGGCUGAAAUUCUUGUAAAUUCAACCACGAUUUAGUGUCACAUUCUGAAGGGGCUAACAGCCUGUGCGAUGGUAAACGCUGAACUCCUCAUUUACGCUGUAAUUCUGUGGUGCGCUGUUGAGCGAUGGGGAUUUCUGUGAUUCUGUUGCAUGGCAAACAGCAGUGCACCACAAGUAAGGUUCUAUGAAAAACUUGUGGAGAUAUAUUGUGUGUGGGGAGAGCGGGGCAGGGAUGCUUAGAUGUUCCACAGUAUUUAAGUCCUGUGGUUUAUUGUCACAGGCAUCAGUUCUCAGUCUGUUUGCCUGAAGCGCAGAACUUCAAUGUCAGACACUAAGAAUAUGAAUACGUAUAUAUAGAUAUAGUUUUAGAGUAAAUGGGACCUCUGGAUUCACCCAACUUAGAUUUCUCGUAACAAUCUUGGAUUUGUUAUUGAACACUGUUAAGUUUUUUUAGAAAUGCUUCAAAUACUGUAUAAAAUAUCUUUUUUGUUUUAAAGUGUCCAAGAAUUCGAAAAAUAUUUUUUUAGCAUGAAUGUUUUUUCCUUAAGGACGACUAGUUUGCUCCAAAAUAUUUACAAAAUAAGCAUUUAAAACCAUUGUAAAUCAACGAUUUUUAUGACUGUGCUUUAGCUUCUCAUCAGAUUCCAGAAGUAAAAACACACUCUAUUGGCUACUAUUAUACAAGGGGAGGAGCCAUCCUAACUACCUGUUUUAGUGGAAAUUGAAGUGUUUGUGAAAGGCUGUCACCAGAAAGAAGGUUUAAAAAAACGGAUAAACUUCGGAUAAAAAUGACUCCUAAAUACAUAUUUUAAUAUAAUAUAUUUAAUUGAUUGAAAACUCUCUGGUUGUUAGAUUAUACAGCCGAGGGAAAUGUACUAUGUCUGAAUGUACUAUUUAUAGAUAUGUGUUUAGGUAAAAUGAUCAUUUUUGUUUUAUUCUGUAACCUACUAACAAUAUUUCUCCC